CAGGUUUUUCCGGGGUCGUGACCUCAGGUCGCCGAGCUCCCUCAAGCUGAAGAUGGCGGCGUCGGCAGCGAGGGCCGCUAUGGCCCUGAGGGCUAGUAGCAGUCGGCCCGUGGCCUUUGUCAGGAAAAUCCCCUGGACCGCCUCUUCAAGUGAGCUGAGAGAACACUUUGCACAGUUUGGCCAUAUACGAAAGUGCACUGUACCUUUUGACAAAGAGACUGGCUUUCACAGAGGUAUGGGUUGGAUUCACUUUUCUUCAGAAGAAGAACUUCAGAAUGCACUACAACAUGACAAUCAUGUUAUUGAUGGAGUAAAACUCCAUGUUCAAGCUCAGAGACCAAAAGUUUUGCAAGGGGAUCAAACAUCUGAUGAAGAGAAAGAUUUUUAAGACUAUUACUACCUAUUACAUAAAAGAACAAAACAAAA